UAUGCUUUCUCGCAUUACUUAAUCCGGCAUUGUGAUAGAAGGAACGCCGUUUCAACGAAUGUAUAUUUUUAUAUCUUCUUCUGUGUUUCUUUUAUAAUUUUCAAUUACUAUUAGUGUUUUAUAUUCAAAGCUAUUUUGAGCACCUUUUUCUAUUCUUUGAAGAAUGGACAAAGUAUCCGUGUCAAAGGGCGUUUUUGCUCAUACGGGUAGUUAUAAAAUUGGGCGAAGUAAAAUAAAUCAAAGUCUUUAUGAUUAUUUUAAUGAACCGUGGUAUAUUGCGUACAAAGAAAUAUGGGAUAGCAUUCAAAUGAAGACCGAGUCUAUAAGAUCUAAUAUGAUCCAUCAAUUGAUAUCAGAUUUACAAUCUUUUGUAUCCAGUGUAAAAUCAAAUAAUAUAGAUAUAUUUGACAAUGAAAUACCUACAGCUAUGUUAUUAACUGGAAUCAACGUUCCUGAUCAUGCUAAACUCUUUCAAAAAAUAGUUGUUCAAUUACGUACUCUAACAAUGCACGUUGCAAUAUUAUGGAGUAAAGAUUCUAACAAUAUAAAAAAUAUAGUAUCUGAUACAGUAUUUCAAUUGAUAAAUAAGAAAGAAGAGGAUGAUAUGGAAAUAAAGAGAACUCAAUGUAAUAUGCGUGCUUUAAAAUUAUGGUAUACAACGCAUUGCAAUCCAUUGGAUCCCAUAAUUAUUAUUAUUUCUGAUUUUGAAAGUUUUUCACCUGGAGUACUUCAUGAUUUUAUUUUGAUCCUAAGUUCUUAUUCGGAUAAAAUAAAAUUUAUACUUUUUUUUGGAAUUGCAACUACAUUGCACGUUGUACAUAGAUCUUUAUCUUAUGAUGCUACUUCCAAAUUAAAAAUUAAGACACAGUUGUUUUUAUUUCAGGUAUUGCACAUGCAAACGCAAAUAAAAAGUUUAGCGGAUAUAUUAGAGGGAACGAUUUUUUCAUCGGAUAUUUCAUUUAGAUUGACUGGAAGAGCUUUUCAAUUAUUAACAGAUAUAUUUUUGUUUUAUGAUUUUUCAGUCGAUCGUUUUUUACAAAAUUAUAAGUUAUGUAUGAUACAACAUUUUUACGGAAAAAACAUAAACUCUUUGUGUUGCCGAAGAAAAGAUAUUAAAUCAAGACUAUCUUCUUUAACGGAAGAGGAUAUUAAAGAUCUUAAAAAGUUACCAUCGAUUGUUAACUAUUUGCAAAUUCAAAAGGAAUCAAAUAAAAAUGAAAAAGAACUUAACGAUGAAAAAUUUAAGGAUUUAAUAGGAACAUUAUUGAUGGACUUUCACAAAUAUAUUACACGAUUUUUAACAGUAUUAAGAUGCUUACACUCUUUAGUAUCGACAUUACCUAAGGCACAAUUAGGAAAACAGUUACGUGAAGUUUAUACUAAAGCAGUUUAUUCGAGUAAUCUUACGGAGUCUCAGGAAUAUAAGGAAUGCCUUCAACUAUUAAAUUUUUUAUCAAAGGAAGAGCUUUUAACUAAAUUAGAAUCUAUCGAGAAAAUACUUGAGGAUACGAAGGAUCCUAUUAUGAAAAAAUUUCAAGAAAAUCUUACUACACGUAUAAGAGAAAUCAAAGAUGCUAGUUUGGACAUUAUUAGUGAUGAUACUAAAGAAAUAGUAACUGCCAAUGAGAGACUUACUCGAAUACAAUUGAAAGAGAAAUUACUAAGAAUGAGUCAAACCCAUAAACGUUCGCCGUACAAGCAAGCGCAAAUCGAUAUAAUAAAUUAUUUAGAUCAUGAGAUAUUCAGAGUUCAUCUAACGAAUCCUAGUAAAGUACCAACUAACGAGAUAUUUUGUUACAACGAUGGAAAUGCAGUGAAACAACAUAUACGUGGUUCUGUUAGGGGUGCCAUACAUAUGGGUUUAAACGAUCCUCAAAUGUACUUGCAGUGUGAUUGUUGCAAAUUGGAGAACGAGGACGCCAUUCCGGCAACACUGCCCGAUUUAAGUAUAAUUUAUAAGCUACACUUGGAAUCCAGGAAGCUAAUCAAUAUGUACGACUGGUUGCAGGUAAUGAUCCUUUCCAGUGCUCGUGUUUACAGGUUAAUCUCUCAUACAUUUAUGGUCACGCACAUGGCGGCAACCAGCCAUAGUGCGCGUCCUGCUCAUGUAUAUAUUCUGCGUCUAACGAUUUUAAUCGCUAUCCUAUUUCGAGUUGAUUUAGUUCGGGUCCGAGGAUCGUAGGAUUGCAUGAAAUCUCUUUUGAUAUUGCACACACAUACACAUACACAUAUAUAUAAAUAUAUAUAUAUAUAUAGAUAUAUAUAUAUAUAUAUAUAGAUAUAUAUAGAUAUAUAUUUAUAAAAGUGUACGAGUUGAAAUAGACGAGAAGAUUUUCCACGAUGAAUUUGAAUAAAAACUUUACGAUACUUCGUAAUAUUAUAAACGAUUUUACACCGCCAUGAUUUUCUAUAAUACUUGAAUAAUAAUUCCUUUUAUAUCGACGGAAUCUUCUUUAAUUUUUUUUUUUGUUUCUUUUUUUUUUUGAGUAUUUUUUUUUAUGUCAUUUUAUUAAAUAACGACAAUGAUGAUGACGACGACGAUGAUGAUGAUGAUGAUGAUGAUGAUGAUGAU